UUGGAGCUAAAGUCUGCCACUGUUUCCACUGUUUCCCCAUCUAUUUCCCAUGAAGUGAUGGGACCAGAUGCCAGAUGUCAAAAAUUGAGAAGGUGGGGAUGUCUUUUCACUUUAACGGAAAACAUGGGAUUAACUUCCAAAAUAGGAACUGAUGUUAAGACGGGGACGGGAGUUUUAGAAAUUCGAGUUCUACACAUCAUCUUUUUUCUUUUGCAUGUGAACAUUUGUUCCAAAUGAUCGAGUCCUUGAACCUUUCUAAACUUUACAAAAUUCCAAUUCUACGUUGAAAAACUAGCAGUCACGGGGGUGGACGAUGGGAGUGUGCAAAGGGAAACUUUUUACAAUAGGGAUAGGAUUUACAUUCUAUGUCUACUUACAAUUCACUUUCCAUCAACGAAAGUUGUCUAGCAAGCGCCUGCAGGAUUAAUAUUAGCUUUUAUCGCUAACAGGGGUCUCGCGGAACAAAUACCCUUUUAGCACAGCCCACUUCUAAAACCCUUUCAGCCUCCCACUCAGGAGGUGGCGAGCAAAGCCCAGCGGCCGCUUUGCUUCUCUCUUCACUCCGCCCCUUCCAGUUGGCUACAAGCUAAUGACAUCAUUGCUCCGCGCAACCUACCAGGCCUCAGGGCCUGAAGCUGAGACGAAGUCCUGGCUUUCACGUAGCGGUACGUGAAGUGGGGGUGGUAGUGUUCUACUACGCAUGCUCACCGUCGACGGCGACGGUGCCUCUUUCUUUGCUUCUUUCCACAGCUCGCCCCAACCUGGAGAGCCGGGGCGGGGGGUUGGGGGGGGGGGCGCUGAGUGCCCUCCCCCUUCUCUCCCGGCCCCUCCUCUUCCCCCCGCCCAGUAGGGCUUCUAACUGACAGUUGUCGCCAGGCCCCGUCCGCGCCACCUCCUCCUGCCUGGGUCCCCCGCAGGUAGAGAGGGGCGGGAGGGAGUGUGAGGGAGAGGAGGAGGAGCCCGAGCCGCGGUGGCCCAGCGUUUCGGCGCCCUCCGGGGAGGCUAGAGAAGAAGCCCACUUUUCUCCUCGCCCCCUCCCUGCCUUCAAGCCGGCCCGGGAGGGGGUGGGGCGCGGAGGCCAAGCCAGGCCUGGCGGGUUAAGAGCGGCCGGGCGGGGCGCGGAGGGGUGAGGCAGGCUAGGGCCGUGCGCGCGCGCCGCCGCCGGGGGGAGGGGAGAGGAGGGCACCUAGGCUCUCCUCUUCUCUCCCCCCUCCCCCGCGCCCCAUGUAACCCCGCCCCGCCGGCGGCAAGCUCGAGACCCCCGCGCGCACCGAGCCGAGCCGGCGGCUGAGAAGAGCAAGGCCCGAUGCGGCUGAGGCUGCGCGGCGCCCCUGAGCCCUGAGGAAGCGGUCCGCGCUCACGCGUGCCCCGGCGCCUCGAGCGGCCCCUGCACACCGCCCAAGCUGGGCCUGCCGGAGGCAUGAGCGUGCCCGGGAAGCCGGAGGAGAUGAAGCCGGUCGGAGAAGAGGAGCGGCCGCCAGCGGCGGCCGAGGAAGAGGACGACGACGAGUUGGUGGCAGCGGCCCCGGCCUCACGGCCGGCCCGAAGGAGUGCCUCCUCUAGGGAGGACGCGGACGACGACGAAGAGGAGGAGGAGAUGGUGGUCGGGGGCGGUGGCUGCAAGGAGCAGGAGCUGACCUACGAGCUGCAGCAGGGCUACCGCAUCCUGGGCGAGUUUCUGCAGGAGAAGCACCGAGGCCUCACCGCCCCAUUCCUCCAGCCCUUGGGGGGCGUUGCCACGAGGGAAGAAGAGGCGGCCGAGGGGCCGCGCGGCGGAGGCCGGGGCUGUCGCGCCCUCCCGCAGCAGCCGGGUCAGGGCAUGUGUCUGCUGAAGAUGGAGGAGAAGUUCGCCAGCGGCCAGUACGGGGGCAUCACCGAGUUCGUGGCGGACUUCAGGUUGAUGCUGGAGACGUGCUACCGCCAGCAUGGAGUAGACCACUGGAUCUCCAAACAGGGCCAGAAGCUGGAGAUGAUGCUGGAGCAGAAGUUGGCGCUUCUUUCUCGGCACUUGAGAGAAAAGACAACGAUAGCAGUUACAUCUAGAGGCUAUUAUGGAUUGGAGGAUGAGAAGGGAACUGCAUGUACUUCAACAAGGCGUCGGUCAACACCACGAAGUUUGGCAGGCUUGACAAGUGGAGUUUUUGAAUCUGUAAUGGUUCAAGUUUUGAGACAGGAAGAACAGCUGAGAGCAAAAGAAGAAAAAAGGCUUCGGGAGCAGGAAAGAAAAGAAGCAGAAGAAGCUAGUCAAAAGGAAAUAGAAGAAUGGGAAAGAAAACUUCUAGCUCAAGCAGCUCCAACUUGUAUGGAGACCAUGUGGGAAAUUCCAGCUAUUGGGCAUUUCCUUUGUUUAGCCCAGCAAAUUUUAAAUUUGCCAGAAAUAGUCUUUUACGAAUUGGAACGUUGUCUUCUGAUGCCUCAAUGUAAUGCUUUUCUAUCUAAAAUAAUGACUUCUCUAUUAAGUCCUCCCCAUCGCAGACCUACCUUACAUCGAAGACCUACUUUGCCUUAUAGGACCUGGGAAGCAGCACUGAGACAGAAAGUGCAGCAGUGGUACACAGCUGUAGGGCAGACAGAAAAUCCUGACAACUGUGCUGAAAAACUUGGGUUGUGUCCUCAGUUUUUUAAAGUUCUUGGAGAAGUUAAUCCAUUGGAAGAAAAACCUUUUCAUGAGCUACCUUUCUACCAAAAAGUGUGGAUACUUAAGGGUCUUUGUGACUUUGUGUAUGAAACACAAAAGGAAGUUCAAGAUGCUGUACUUGGGCAACCUAUUCAUGAAUGCAGGGAAGUCAUUCUUGGUUAUGAUUAUUUGGAGAAUGCUUAUGUACAUUUUCCACAGUUCUGUGGUGCGGAUGUACGGAUUUACAAACAAAGACCUUUUCAGGCCCCAGAAUUUCCAAUUCCACCCAUUAAAAUACAAAGAGUACCUCGGAUUAAACUGGAGAAAUUGAAGUGUGACUAUGUGAGUGCAAGUAAUGGAGAGCAUAGGUGUAGCAGAGAAGGCCUGCCCUCUGCCUUCAGAAAAGAGCAGGAAAUUAAUUUUGAUCCAACCUGCUGCCCUGCUAAAACGAACUUAGAUAAUCAUGAUAUCUCUGUUGAAACGGAAGUGAAGUCUAACUGUGAAAUUAGAAUUCGCAGGCCCUGUGAAAUGAAUAUAACUGAUUGUUGUAAAGAAAAUUUAGAGAAACCAGGAAGUCCAGGGGAGGUUACUAGCUUUGGAGAGCCUCUCAGUCCAGGUGAAAUAAGAUUUAUAGAAAAUCAGGAAAAAUAUGGUGAAGCUUCCAGAGUAAAGCUUGAACCCAGUCCGUUAAAAGAAAAUGCUCUGAAAUCUUGCCAGAUACAUGUAAAUGGAAGCCACAGUGAUCAUCCAGACAUUAACUGCCACAAAGUUGUAAGGGAUAUUCUAUUAGAACAGUCACUGCAGAGCCACAAGAAACUUAAACUAACUAAAAUGAGGGCAAAAAAGAAGAAAAAGAAAAAAAAGAAAUUGAAAGAUAUUUUGAAUGAAAACUUACAGAGAAAGCGCGAAAGUCUUCAUUCCCUUGCGUUCAAGUCUUACAAACCUGAGAUCCAAAAUAAGUUACUGAUCAUCAAAAAGAAAGCAAAACACAAGAAGCACAAAUCUGGAAAAAAAUCCAUAUCUAAAAAAGCAAUCACAAAGAAGAGGAAAACUGUCACAAAGUCACCUGCUGUACCAGAAUUUCAGGGCAAAUGGUAUCAUCGGAGGCAAGCUGUAAAAGAAUUGCAUAGUACAUUGAUACGUCUUUUAAACGAAUUGCUGCCAUGGGAACCAAAGUUAAUGAAAGCUUUUCAAAGAAACAGGAGUCGCCUAAAGAAAGACUAUGAUGAUUUUAGAAGACAGCCUGAUCAUGAUAAAUUUGCUAGAGAACUGUGGACUAGUGAAGAAGGUGAAGGAGAUCCUGGAAGAGAAACCUCUAAAGUAGAAAUCAGUAGCAAGUCUAUAGACACCACAGAACCUCUGGACAUCCUGGAGAAGGAUCAUUUUGAUUCAGAUGAUAUGAAAUUGUCAGAAAUAGAUUUUCCUAUGGCCAGAAGUAAGUUGUUGAAAAAGGAAUUGCCUUCUAAAGAUGUACUGAAGACACUGCCUAAAACACUUAAACGACAGUCCAAGCAAAUUAGUUACCUGGAUGAUAGCACAAAAGAGCUUUCCCCAAGGAAGAAAGCAAAGUUAAGCACAAAUGAGACAGUGGUUGAGAAUGCAGAAGGUGAUGUGCAGAUGGACUGUUUGAAUGAAUCAAAGCAUACAGAGCCACUGUGUCCAGAGUCGUUUGCCUCAUUGGAUUCAACACCAGUGUCUACUCUCCAGAAAGGGACCAAACCUAUUCAGGCCUUGCUUGCAAAGAAUAUUGGAAACAAAGUGACCUUAACAAAUCAACUGCCCCCUUCCACAGGUAGAAGUGCCCCUGCUGUGGAAAAGCCAGUGAUAUCUCCUCCAGAAGCAAGCCCCAUAAAGCCAGCAUUGACCUGCCACACCAGUACAAAAGGUCCUUUACAGAUGGUAUACAAAAUGCCCUGUGGUCAGUGGUUGCCCAUAGAUCUUCAUAACAGCUCUGUAAAGAUUCAGAUGCAACCUAUGCUAGAUCCUAAAUCAGGAGAAAAAAUUAUGCAACAGGUUCUCAUUCUGCCUAAGAAUUUUGUGAUUCAGCACAAGGAAGGGAAAGCAGUUGCAAAAGAAAUACCACCACUUCAACAAAAAGGUACAGAACAACAUGGUUCACCUUUCCCACAGACAGCAAAUGUAAACUCUUCUUUACCGUCAGUUCUUGUCAACCCAACAGGAACUGUUUCUACACAACUACCUAAUACAACUUUCAACAAGACAGUUACCCCUUCGUCAAAUGUGAGUAGUGCUAGACCACAGUCUUUGACACCUGUAACCUCCAUAAGUAAUUUGUUAGCACCACCAGUUAAGACUAGCCAGAGUGAGGCAGGAAAAGUCAAGAACACAGUUUCAGCUGCCGCAUUCCCGCAGCCGAUUGCUUCACCCACCAUUUCCUCAACAGUUCAGCCUCAGUUAUCAGCAACAACACUAAAUGGAUCUACAAAUUCCGGUAGUUCCCUCAACUCUUUUGCACAACAAACUGCUGAUUCUUCUGAAGCAAAGCAAGAACUGAAAACUGUGUGUAUAAGAGAUUCACAGUCAAUUCUUGUUAGGACACGAGGUGGAAACACUGGAGUUGUAAAAGUACAGACCAAUCCAGAUCAGAAUUCACCCAACAGUUUAUCUUCAAGUUCAGUUUUUACUAUUGCUCCUCAGCUUCAGGCAUUUCUGGUACCAAAAUCAACAGCUUCAUCAUCAUCUGCUUUUUCGUCGGUAGCUGGAACAACUGCUACAUCUAGUCUCCCAUCUUUUGGCCAAGCACCUACUUCUGUUUCCAUUCCAGCUGGCUUUAAUCCAUCCACAGGGAAAAAUCUUAAAUUUACAUUAAGCCAACCUUCCUGCAGUGGUAAUUUGGGCCAUAUGAUAGAUAAAACUUCACCCAUGCCCUCCUCUCCCUUAAAGUCCUCUGUUUCUUCUAGCCCUCUAUUAUCAUCAACAGCAAAUAGUUCGGUAAGUGUAAUUAACGUAUCAACAGGAAAUUUUGGACAAACCAGUUCAAAUGUUGUUCGUACACCAGCUAAACAUCAACAAGUAGAUUAUGUCACAAAAAGUUACCCUGUUACAAGAUCAGAAGCAACAGCAGCAGCAAAUGGAGAUACUAUCAGUGGGACUCCAGUGCAGAAACUUAUGCUGGUGUCAGCUCCAUCUGUUCUUUCUUCUGGCAGUGGAACUGCGAUUAAUGUGGCACCAGCACCAACAUCUCCAGGUGUUUCUGCCCAGAAAUUAGUUUUUAUAAAUGCUGCAAUUCCCAGUGGCACUUCAACCCCAGCUAUUGUAGCAGAACCAUUAAAACAAGCUCUUCCUUCUCCAUUGAGUAAAACAUAUGUUAAGUCUCCAGAACAGCCCCACAUAGUACUAAUUCCAUCUACAGUGGGAACACCAAUAAAAAUAAAUUCAUCGCCAACUGUGUCUCAGAUAAAAGAUGUGAAAAUUGGGCUAAACAUAGGCCAAGCAAUUGUUAAUACUUCAGGCAGUGUGCCAGCUCUACCGUCAAUUAACAUACUGCAAAAUGUAACCUCAAAAGGAGAAGAAAAAAGUAGCAAGGGCUAUGUUUUACCAUUGUCAACAAGUGGCAGUUCAAUUCCAGUAAGCUCAAAUUUUAUGAGUCAAAAUAUUACUCCUGUUAAUGAAUCAGUGGUUUCUGCUUCAAGAACAGUAAACAUGUUUUCAGGAACAGGAGCAAAUGUAUCUUUGGGUUCUGUUUCAGUGACCUCAACCUCUGCCUCAGUUGGGACACGACCUCCUGUUUUAGUCAGUGGAAAUGAUACCUCUUCAAGAAUUAUGCCUAGUUUGUCAAACAGACUUUGCACGUCAAAUCUCGGAAACACUGUGGCUAUAUCAACUGUGAAAACAGGACAUCUUGCAUCAUCUGUUCUGAUUUCAACUACACAACCAACAGUGUCUCCGAAAUGUCUAACAUCAGCUUUGCAAAUCCCUGUUACUGUUGCCUUGCCUACACCUGUGACUGUGUCCCCUAAAAUAAUCAACACAGUUGCACAAGCAGCAACAGUACCAGGAGCCACACGUUCUGUAUCUCUUUCUAAAAGACAAUCUCGGACUUCGGUCCAGAUUCAGUCACCAGGGGUUUCAACUACAGUGCCAACAAAUAUAAACACAAAUAAACCUCAAACUGAAUUGCCAUCCCUUUCACCAAAUCCAGGUAAAAUAAUUAACAUUUCCAAUCUUGCUUCUCUCCCAAACCAGCAAAUGUCCCCUGCUUUCUUAAAACCAACCCCUAGUUACAGUCCUACUCCAGGUGUCACUGCCAUUCACACUGCUACAGCACCAUCAAAUGUAACUAGUGUAAUAGGGAGUCAGCUCAGUGAACCUUGUAUCCAGCAAAAAAUAGUCAUCAAUACCAGUACACCUUUGGCACCUGGUACUCAGAUCAUGAUUAAUGGAGCCCGGUUUAUUGUUCCACCACAAGGUCUUGCAGCUGGCAGCCAUGUUCUUCUUAUAUCUACUAAUCCAAAAUAUGGACCUCCCUUAGUUCUUAAUAGUGGCCAAGGCGCUCAGCCUACACCAGUAGAUAACCUGGCCCAGAAGAUCACACUAGCAUCAAAUAAUUCUUUAAGUGGGCAACCUGUAAAACAUUGUCUAAAAAGCUCUACAAAAAUUGUAAACUCUCUUGGGAAUGCAAGUUCUCUAUCCACAGUACCUGCAGCACCACAAAUCAUAAACCCAACUGCUAAAGUUUCUGUUCCACCUCCUGUACCAACAGUGUCACUGACUUCAGUAAUUAAGUCUUCUCCAGCAACUCUUCUGGCUAAGACAUCUUUGGUUUCUGCCAUUUGUUCUAGUAAUCCUCCACUGCCAAGUAACACUUCAGUAUUUCAUUUGGACACAUCAGUCAAAAAACUAUUGGUCAGCCCAGAAGGAGCCAUUUUGAAUACCAUAAGUACUCCAGCAUCUAAGGUUCCUUCAGUCUCUCCAUCACUCUCUCAGAUUGUAUCUGCCAGUCGAAAUCCUGCCUCUGUCUUCCCUGCUUUUCAGUCAUCUGGCUUAGAGAAGCCUGACACAGCUGCAUCUUGAAUUUAGACUAAACGAGCCAGUUUUUAAAUAAUGGGGCAUUGUUUUGACUCCCAUAAAAAUUUUAACUGUUUAUUAUACUGUUGAAAACAUACUAUACAUAGUUUGUGUGUGUGUUAAUGUAUCUUUUCAUUAGCUUGCAACAAGGCUUUGAUUUUCUUGGGGAGGAAAAAAUCUGUUCCAUUUCGCUCGUUGGUAUGAGUAUGUUUUCAAAGGUUAUUUGUUUAAAAUAGACAGGAUUUACCUGUCUGUAUGACAUUGAACAGUCAAGUUUGACUAGUUUGGAAUAAGCUAGGGUUUUGCACACUUGCAUCGACAUGUUUCUUCUUGAAUUUGGACUGUUGCAGCGUGUAUCUCUGAUACAAUAUUCUGUGUCUUUAGUGGAAUAAUAUUUUUGUUUUUGUAAAAAAAUAGAUAUAUAUAUAUAUGCAUUGUGAAAAUGCAGUCCAUUGUGUAAAAUUGUACAUAUCCCUAAAUCCUUAACAACCUGUACUAAACUAUAUGUACAAAGAACUAUGCUGUCUUAUUUAUGUUUUGUUUACAUAAUGUAUAGUUUUUUAAGUAUUUUAGUAAUUUUGGACCAGUGAACUGUUAGCAUCAAUGCAGAAGAAUCUGCAUGUAAUAAACUGAGUUGCUGUAUUUCCUUGUUUGAAUACCA